AUGAGCAGUAGUAGUGAUGAAAUUAGCAGUGAAGAAGAGGUCGAGUACCUUAUGUCUACUAGAGCACAUCGUGCUAAUGCUGGUAAUAAAAUGAAGAAGCUUUUGGAGCAGGAGUUGGAGGAUAUGAGGAGCAGAACAGAUGCUAUGGAUGAGGAUGAGCUUGAUCUGUUGUUCCAGGAAGAGGAUAAUGAUGAAGAUUUUGAGUUCAAUUCAGAGGAAGGAGAAAGAGAAGAAGAAGAAGAAGAGGAAGAGGAAGAGAGGGAAGAAGAAGGAAAAGAUGAUGAGGAACGGGAAAAAAGUGUUGAAGAAACUCUUAAAGUAUCUGAAGUGUCUCCUAGUGAGCCAAAGGAUGAUGAUUUAAUGUUGACAGAGUCGGAAGAAGAGUCCGGUGUCAGUGAAGAAGAUGAAGGUGAAAAAGAAUUACAAAAUGAAGAAAGAUUACAGAAUAGACAGAAGCGUAAGAAACAGAAGGCACCUGUUGUUAUUAGGCGUAAAAUUCCCAAGAUUGAUGGAUCAUCUCUAGAGCCAAAAAAGAAGAAGUACGAACAAACCAGGGCCGAUACUUUGCUAACCACUGAGAGACGUACUUCAAAGAGAUCAUCUGUUGUAGCAAAUAAACUUAAAGUUUAUGAAAAACUAUCUAUAGCAGAAGAAAAACGUAAAUUGAUUCAAGAGAGGAUAAGGAAACAUAAACAGGAGCAACAGGAAAAAGAAUUAACCCAAGAGGAUAGAAUGAGGAUUGCAUUAGAAACAGAAGAAUUUAAUUUGAAAAGUUUAAACAAAUAUAAAGAACAGGAAAUUUCAAAGAAAUUAUCCAGAAUGGCAGCUCAACAAAGACAAAAACAAAAAUUUAAAAAUGGAGAAAUUAUCUUACAGACUUUAACUACUUAUAAUUACGUGACGCCAAUUAUGGAGAUAGAAGAUAGAAAUUAUUGGGAUGAAGAAGUGAAAAGAAGAGAGAAAAAGAAGAAAAGGAAGUACACAAGAAGAAAACUCAAACAGAUUCCAGAUGAGAAAUCGAUAGAAACAAAUUCAUCUGAGAUAACAAAAGAGAAUACAGAAAGUAGUGUGCCAGAAAUAAAAGAUGAUUUAAAUACCGAUGAAAAACCACAGCCUUUUACAGAUGAGAACGAUAUAGAUUCACAAGAACAGAAAAAUCAAGAGGUUAUCUCUCUAGGUAAGGCUGAAUCUUUGCCAUCUUCUCCUAAACAAGAGGGAGAGACCAUGGCUGAAACUGUUAAUAUCAAUGUAAAUGAAAGUGACAAUGAAAAAAACAGUAUGAACAAUCAGAAAGAAACUAAGAAAGAAGACAUUAAUGCAACUGAUGAAAGAGAGGAAAAUAAGAAAGAAGACGAAAAAUCUGAAGAAGAUUCUUCUAAUCUAAAUAUGCAUAGUAUAGAAGUCAAAAACGAAGCUAUCUCAAAGUCAUCUAAUGAUCAAUUCGGUUCUUACUCCAAGGACAUUAGCAAUGAUAGCAAUAAUGAAAUAAAUGAGCGGGUCUGUGAUGAGAAUACUAAUAUAGCGCUAACUGAGGAGAAAGAAACAGUAGUUAAAGAAGUUUCAAUAAGCUCAGAGAAAAUAAAAGAAGAGGAAGCAGAAGAAAUUGGAACACCUACAUCAAUGACUAAACAAGUUUCAUUUGCCGAGGAGCCUGAAAUAAAUAUUAUAGACAAUGAAACAGCUGUCAUACGAUCAAGUUCUGUAGACAAUACUGCUAAUUUAUCUAGUGAUGACCAAUCUGAAGUAUUGACCGAUUCAACGGACAUUACUGAAGUGGAACCAAUGGUUAUAUAUGAAGGACCAGAACAAUUAGUUUCAAAAAACUAUGUCUCUAUUUAUAAAUUUCCGGACUUUGCCACUGGAAUUAAUUUUGAAAGUGAAUUAUUUGGAAAUCAAUGGAACAAUCCUGCGGUUACAAGGACGUUCGAUGUAGAACCUAUCUGUAGAAUAAAUAUGCCGGAAGAAGCACACAGUAGAUCAACCAAAAAAACAACGUUAAUUCCAGAUUUGUCUUUUUUAAGUUCGUUUCCUUGUUUUGGGGAAUAUGACAAGAAAAUAGUACGUGAUACUAACGACGAAGAUAAUAAUAACCAUGAAAUCGAGAUUAAAACACAACCACCAACAGGUGUGCUAUUGCCAAAUAGUACAAGAAAAAAAUGUCUUAUUACAAACAAAGAAUGUCAAUACUUUGAUCCAAAGAAUGGUGUUCCAUAUUCGGAUGUCGAUGCCUAUAAGAUAAUACAAGAACUACAGGAUCCGAUUGGUAUAGAUGGUACUGAAGAUGAACCUGAUCCGCAUUAUUAUUGGUAUGGUUUUGGAGAUGGUGGUAUUUACCUAGAUCUAAAGCAAAAACCUGCUAAAGGUGUUCCUGAAGGUUUCCAAUAA